AUGGCUGGCUGUCUUUUCGGAAAAGUACGCUCUUUGACACUGAAAUCGACGUACGGCCGCAUCUGCAAUGAUUCUACAGUCUCCCGUCAGUUGCCAUUCUUCAUUGGAUGCUGA